UCGUACAACACGCAUUCAGUCGUUCUUUGGACAGCAGUGUCUACAGGCUGUUCUAGCUCCGCGUUCCGAAAUCCGAAACAAGAGAAUAAAACCGGACAAGAAGGUCGUGUCGUAUGCGCUUGUAGACUUGGAUGAGUCAAGUGACUUUUCUUCUCGCGAGAUAAUUCCGCUAAGGAGCAAGAUUCGUCACCGUCGUCUAGUUAGGGGUGUUCAUGUGUUUGAUUGGGUUCUGAAAAUUUAAUGCUGAUUGUCGAAAUUUACAAUUGGUGUUGUUGAACGGAUAUGCAGAGAAUCGUAAACGAGUAAACGAGUGGAAGUGUAAAUAUAUGUAAUAGUAAACGAAAUUGCUUCGUACCCAUACAGAUAAUUGCCCGUGAAUGUUGUGAACCAAAGCACAGAAAAGCAAGAGAAAAUCCAAAGAAGAAAAACCAUGUCGGAAGCAAAUGAAAGUAGUAGCAGUGUCACUAAUAAUUUACUCGAUGACAACAGGAAAAAUGGCGCCGUCCGAGUGCAGAUUGUCCCGUCCCAGCCGAAAACCUUGUCCCAUCUACCGACGCGGCCAGCCGUGGAUCUGGCCUUUCACAAUCUCACCUACCGGGUCAAGGAAGGACGACGCAACAAUGUGAAAACCAUUCUGAAAGAGGUCAGCGGCAGGCUUCGCUCAGGCGAGCUGACGGCCAUCAUGGGACCUUCAGGAGCAGGAAAGAGUACGCUGCUGAACAUUCUCACUGGAUACAAGACCACAAACAUCGAAGGAUCGAUCACGAUGAAUGGCAAGGAACGUAACCUCAGCCAGUUCCGCAAGCUGUCGGCCUACAUCAUGCAGGACAAUCAGUUGCAUGCCAAUCUGACAGUCGAGGAGGCGAUGCAUGUGGCCGCGAGUCUCAAGUUGAGCCAGAAAGUGGAGAAAAGUGAGAAGAUGCACGUGAUCAAGGAAAUUCUGGAUACCCUCGGCUUGGACGAGCACCGAUCCACCCUUACGAGGAAUCUCUCCGGAGGACAGCAGAAGCGUCUCUCGAUUGCCCUCGAAUUGGUGAAUAACCCACCGAUUAUGUUCUUCGAUGAACCAACUUCCGGUUUGGACAGUUCAACUUGCUUCCAGUGCGUGAGCCUGUUGAAGUUCCUGGCGCGAGGUGGCCGAACAAUCAUCUGCACCAUUCAUCAACCUUCGGCUCGUUUGUUCGAAAUGUUCGAUCAACUGUACACCCUUGCCGAUGGACAGUGCGUGUACCAGGGAAAUACCAAACAGUUGGUACCAUUCCUCGGCACGCUCGAUCUGGAAUGCCCAUCGUAUCACAAUCCGGCCAGCUACAUCAUUGAAGUGGCUUGUGGCGAGCACGGAGACCAUACGCGCAAACUAGUCAAUGCUAUUGACAAUGGAAAACGUGACAUCAGAGGAGAGCUGGAUUUCCCAGCGUUAAAGAACAAGAAGAAUGAAAAUGGAAACGCCAACGCCAACCUCAAGUCAAACUAUGAUAAGCUGAACGGAAGCAACAACAAAUACGCCGAUAAUUUGAACAUUGGAGGAAAUGGACUUCUGCCAUCGUCUAUGGUCAACGAUAUUGCUAAGGAAACUACCACCGAAUCAAUCAAAAUUAACGUUGAACCGGAGAAGGAACCCGAGGUGAAUUCAGCUCUCCUGCCAAUCGACGGCCAGUUGGAUGCGGGACUAUCUCCAGAGCGAUAUCCUACCUCCGAAUUCCAUCAAUUCUGGGUUGUGUUGAAACGGACGUUGCUUUUCAGUAGACGUGAUUGGACUCUCAUGUACCUUCGUUUGUUCGCACAUAUACUGGUUGGUUUCCUGAUUGGUGCGCUGUACUAUGAUAUCGGCAAUGACGGUGCUAAGGUACUGAGUAAUUUGGGAUUCCUGUUCUUUAACAUGCUGUUCCUGAUGUACACAUCCAUGACGAUUACGAUUUUGUCUUUCCCUCUCGAGAUGCCUGUCUUGCUAAAGGAAAACUUUAAUCGAUGGUACUCUUUACGAUCAUACUACCUAGCGAUAACGGUAUCAGACAUUCCAUUCCAAGCUAUCUUCUGCGUUUUCUACGUAUCGAUCGUGUAUUACUUCACGUCCCAGCCGCUCGAAUGGUUCCGUUUCGCAAUGUUCCUGGGAUCCUGUUUGCUGAUUUCCUUCGUUGCACAGAGUGUUGGUCUGGUUGUCGGUGCCGCUAUGAACGUUCAAAACGGUGUGUUCCUCGCUCCAGUUAUGUCGGUUCCAUUCCUGCUGUUCUCUGGGUUCUUCGUCUCGUUUGACGCCAUUCCAAUCUAUCUUCGGUGGAUUACCUACCUGUCGUACAUCCGGUAUGGAUUCGAGGGAACUGCCCUGGCUACCUACUCCUACGGGCGCGAAAAGCUCAAGUGCCACCAGGUGUACUGUCACUUCAAAUCGCCAACGACUACUCUCGAGGAACUUGACAUGCUUGACGCCAACUUCACCUUGGAUAUUGUAGCCUUAGUCGUCAUAUUUGUAGUGCUUAGAAUUGCCGCAUUCCUGUUCCUGCGAUGGAAGCUCAAAACUACUAGAUAAGGAAAUAUCUAGCUCAGAAUCGUAGCAAAGAUAAUGUUAUUUUUUAAAUAUUUUCAACAUUAUACAAAGUUAUUACUCGAGAAUAGUUUUCUAGUGAAGGGGUUUAGAUUUAAUGAUUUACAAAUCGUACACCAAAUCAUUGUGAUGAUGGGAGCAAUACGUGAGAUCAAUUUUGAAUGGAAAAUUGGUGAAAUUACCUUAGAUAGCAAUCUUUCUACUGACACAUAAUAAAAGAUCAGCAACAAAUCAAUACAGAAAACAAAACAAAAUGAGGCUGUGCUUCAAUUAGAACUGUUUCAUUGGAAAACCUAUUAUAUUGGCAUGACCUAGCAUAAACCAAUACUUCAGAGACUAACAUUAUCAAGGGAUUGUGGAUUUGGCAUAGAAAUAGUUUUUUUUUAUGAAUUUAAAAGAAUUGUUAAGUAACAAUGAUUUGUACAACUUUACAACAGAUUGCCGGCUUUUUGAACGUACCAAUUGUGAUAGCAUUUUGAAUGGAAGAAAAAUAAACAAGGUGAUACAAAUUGAAA